GAACAACUCAAGAAUCUGCGUAACGAUCUCGAAAAUGCGCAUUCUGAUAUGAGACAACUGCGAGAUCACGAGGAACAAUGGGAUGCUAAUCGAUUCCAACUGGAGAGCAAGAUUCGCGACCAGAGUGGAGAAAUGCAGCGUCUCAAUUUACUUAUGGCUAAUUUGGAAACUGAAAAACAGAAUUUGACCGAAAAACUCAAGGAACUCACUGGCCAACUGCAGUUGAGUGAAAUCAAAUGCUCGGACAUGAAAGACGAUACAGAAAGACUCAAGCGUGAACUGUCCAAGGCUGAGAGCAUCGAGUCUGAGUUGAGACGUACCAACGAACAAUACACACGAACCACUAAUGAAUAUCAAAUUCUACGUGACCAGUCAAAUAACGCCCAAACCGAACUGCUAAACGCCAACAACCGUAAACAACAACUCGAGAACGAACUGAUGAGCGUUCGUAUCGAGCUUCGUGAAUUCAAGCAACGCACCAGCGAUAUCAAUAAUCGUGCACUCGAUCUGCAACGACAACUCGGUGAUGCUAACGCCGAGAAACAUCGUCUCGACGAGCGUAUUUUAUCCCUCGAAAAGGCACUCGCCACACAAAAGACCACCGAGAACGAGCUAAGACAACAACUGGAUAACACCAAAAACGAUCGAAAGAUCCUUCAGAAAGACCUCGAAGAUACCAAAUAUCGUCUACAACAAAUUGAAAGCGAUAAAAAAGCAUUCGCUCAACAAGUCGACGCAUUACGUCGUGAUCGUGCCGCAUUCAUCAAACGAAUUGAAAUCGUUCGUUACCUUUUACCUCUCCUCUACAUUCUACUUUUAACUACCCACACCCAUCCAUAUCUUACUUACCCAUAUCUUACUUACCCACACCUAUAUCUUACUUACUUUUACAAUAUCUACCAAACAAUCACUAUCAAUCUACCAAAUAACUAA